GACAGAUGGCCAUGGCGAAUCGACCCCUCUUCCCCUCCUCUCUCUUACACUUACUCGCUCUACUCUCACUCCUCAACCUCUUCCUUUCCCAUCUCUCUCGCUCUCUCGUCCUCGCCGCCGAUUCCCACUUCGAAGGCUUCGACUCUGAAGAUGCCGAUGUCGAUCCCGAUUCCGAUAUCCUCUACCCUAACUCCCUCCGAUCCCCUUCUCUCACUCUCUCUGAUCCCGACCCCUCUCGAUUCUCUCCCCCGGAUCCCGUUCCGGACUCUCGGUCUCCCCCUUCUUCAUCGGAUCCUCCCAAGCCUUCCUACGCCAGCUUUGAUGACUGGGACGAGGACGAAUUCGAAGGCCUACCGAUUCUCGAAGAGAAGCCCAUCGAGACCCCGAUUAUCACCGAGGAUGCCACUUCCUCUGAUUCGAACUCGAAACCCUCAGCCUCCCCGAAAGCGAAGCCGACCCUAAAGUCUUACACCGCCGAGAUCGUGUGCGGGACUUUUCUUAUCAUGUUCUUGAUCAACUACUUCACCGGGAAGCGCGAGAACGAGAGCCUUGCCCUCGCCUGGGCCGCUAAGUUCGCCACCAAAAACUCCAUCUUUGAGCGGAAUUUCAGUCUGUUGGGGGUCGGCGAAGGCGACGACUCGCCGUUGCUGCUGAAGGAGGGGCAGACCAUGUUCAAGUUCUACGCGAGUGGGCGUAGGUAUUGCCAGGGGUUGUUGGCAACGAUGGAGCUGAAGAGCCGGCAUGAUUUGAUAUCGAGGUUGUACAAUUUGGUGGUGCCGUGCAAAGACGAGAUUUCUUUCGAGGUGUAUAUGAACGAAGACGCCAUGGACCACGUGGUUCUUGCAGCGUCGAGGAAGAAGGCGGCGAAGGUGAUGCAGAAGGAGGUAAGGGAUUUGCAGAAGUUCGCCGGGAUGGUGUCGCCGCCAACGAAUGGUAGGAAGUGGGUGAGCGAAGAGUUGGCAGUUAUCUCGGAAUCGAAAGAGGUGGCAGGGGAUUUGAUCACGGAUGCCGUGCUUGAUCAGGUUUUUGGAGAAAAAGCCUUUGAGAAAUUCGGAAAGCAUUUCAUCUCAUUGCAUUUCUCUGAUCAACACCCGGGCACACACAAGAAGUUGCUCUUGUUCAAGUUUGCCCUCCCAGACGCCAACAACAUGGCUGAUAUGGCUCGAUUGGUGGCUCUUGUGCCUUAUUAUAUCGACUUGAUAGGGCGGUACAAACUGAGUUCUCAGGCUCGAUCUAAAACAGAAGCAGCCAGAUUAAAGGCUGCUCAAGAGGCAUAUAAAGAACUUCAAAAUGCUAGGCAAGAAGCCUUGCAGAAAAAGAAAGCAGAGAGGAAAAAACUGAUGGAGGAAGCUGAGGCGCAGCUUAGUGCAGAGUCCAUUCGGAAGAAAGAAGCAAAAGAUCGUACACGUCAGACUAAGAAGGGAAUGCCAAAAAUAAAGAUGUCCCGCGCACACUAAUUGCCACAUUUUGUCCAGACGAACUAUCUAAAACAUGUGACUCUUCCCAUGCCUUCACGGUGUCACCCACUUUCUAAUAGCUUACCCGAUUUGCCUUCAAAGAGUUUUGGUUCUGUACUUUUAUCGCAAUUAACUUUACUCUUUUCUUUUCUUCUUCUUCUUCUUAAGAAGAAGAAAGGGGAGGUGGGGCUACUGGCAUAGCAAUCUUCUCUAGGCAUAAUCAUAGGAGUCUUUCCUUGCCAGAAUAUCCGGUUUGACUCAUAGCUAUUGUUACAAAGGCGAGCUUGUCACUACUGUACCUCCAAAGUAUCUAAUUAGUCUAAAGUUCAUUCCAUAGCUCAAAGAUCAAGUUUUACUAUUAUAAGUGGUUUCAACUUAUGUCCUUAUUCAAACUCCUAAUCUUAAAUCAGGAAAAGCCAGCUAAGUUCAUACCAACUGGGCUACAACUUGGUGGUUAUAGACUUGGUUGUUUGCUCAGUGUUAGCUAGUCUCCAACUCCCCAACAAUUCCACAUAUUUGAGCUUUGUUCCUUUUUUGUUUUACAACAUAUUUGUGCCUCUCUGGAUUUUGAAUGUAUCUAAAUCCGAGUGCAUUUCGAGUCGAUGUUCUGCGUCUAACUAAAUACAAGCUUUUUUUCAAAAUGGAGGUUAUGUGUUA